GGUAUUGGUGUUUCAUUACAUAAAGCGUCAUUUCAAAUUUUCUGGUCCACGGAGUUCAUUUACACCCUUCAUUUUAUGGAAAUUUUAUGCGGUCAAAACUACGAGAAUUUGAAUUUUUUAGUUCUCUUGAGAGAGUCAUGUGGGCACGAGAGUUGGUUCAUUACAAAAUCGGUCGCCUACAAUUCCCGCGCAACUGGUAAAGGAUACUUAACUGCGGUUUGAGACCAUUGAAAUCGAUCGCCAUAUCAGUCUGCUUCCUACAGUGAACCUAGAAGUGCCACAGAAGGCUACCAAGAGAAAGCAGAAAGCAGUAACCAGUAAACGUAUCUUCGUCGUUUCCGCAUCAUCCCGAUCAGGUUUCCAAGGCGGAGGAAAUUCAUUUUCAUUCGCAAUGAGCUGCUUGAAAGUUGUGGUUUACACGCUCGCCGUCACCGUUUUGCUUGGAGGUAAGCUAGGUUUACUAUGUCUGGUCAAUUCGCCAUCAAAUUGUUUUAUGAGCAAAUCGGAGAACAACUACAUGCUUUUCACGAGGAAGGAAAUGAACAGUUAAUUUUGAGUGUCGCUAUAGGCAAACGAAAACGUGCGUUCGUUGUCUUUUUCUUUUUCUGACGUUCAAAUUCAGAAAAGUAGACUCUGUUCGUAAUUUGCCAAUUGAUCGUUGCAAACGGUAGCACAGAUUUUUUGAAUUGCAAUUUUUCCCUUCUACUUCGGUCAUUAAUUUAAAAAAUUGAGUCGGUGAAUUAGUAUAAGGCUUGUAUGUGGCAUUUGCUAUAAAAGAGCGUCGAUGAUUAUGUCGCGAAGAACGCCUCACAAUAGCAAAGUGAUAUGAGCGGACCGGGCUUGAUGCCCAACUCGCCUGCUUUUGUUUUCAUUAAGCGAGUCUAACCUUCAAGUCACGGGGGAAAGGCGACGAAGCUUAAGGCUUUGCUAAAUUAGGCUCAGUAAGCUGGCGAUAUAGUCUAUGGCAACUGAAUUCAUUCGCGUCGAAAUUCGACGGAACCGUCAACGGAACCGUCGACGUAACCGCAUCACAAUUUAAACUGUGAAUUCAUCUUUCUCGACAUCAUAAGCCUGUGCUUUAAUUUUACGCCAACUCGUGAUGUUCAUAGGACAACGCAAGGAGGUUCAAGGUCCAAUUUAAAGUUGCACAGCAUUAUAAAGAACAUGUUCGGGUGUGAAAAAUAUGAAUAACUAAAUUAAAACAAACCCGCAAAACGUUUAUUUAAGAAGUGAUUUGUGAAUAAAUUUUUGCUCGAAAGCCUUUGAAAUUUCUGGGAGCGAAUAGAUGGUCUUUUAAUUACAUCGCUUUUCAAGGAUUUUUUUUAAAAAUAAAAUCAACCUGUAGGGGGUUAAAAUUUUAAGCAUGGCUUUAACAUAGAACUAUCGCUCGCUAAUUUUCUUGUUGUUUUCUGUUUUAAAUUUUUAAGUUAAAUCCAGUCCUUUCAAAUAAAAAGGCACACAUAUGCCUUUUAUAACAUUCUCAACGAUCAAUAAAACGAGAAUUCUUUGAGAAAUUUCUUUUUAGUAGGCUUAAGUGUAAGAAACAUUUUGCAUCAGAAAAUAUAUUUCGAAUAUUUACGAAAUAAUGGCUGUUGUUGAGCAGAAGUAAAACAAUUGCAACUGAUUAUCCUUUGUUGAGCUUUUUUCAGUUUUACUUUUUGUUUAGGGUAGUGUAAAGGAAAAGUCGGAUAAAAAAUUUUUUAAUGCAUUCAAUUUGAAAAGAAAGCCUGUUUUAAAACAGAGCAAUUAAAUUCGGAAAAUGGAACUUUUUUCAGCAUAAUUUGCAUCCUAGAUUUUCUGUUAAAAUGUAACUGACACUUGUCUUAUGUCUAAAGUGUCAGAUUGAAAACCUAAAAGCAAACUUUUGCACCAAAAAAAGAAAGAUUUUUUAAUUUAGGAUUGACCGGCAACACACAAAUAUUUCUACAGCUGCAAACGCUUUUUAUCCACUGGCUAGAUUGCAAAAAUUGUCGUUAAUGUAUAAAUACAUUUUGUGAUUACGAAUGUUUCUCGGAUGAAAUGUGACGUCAUAAAAUUUAACUAAUUAUGCAGAUUUGCUUGAUUUGAUGAAAAAAUACGUCUUUUUUGAGGGGUGGCAGGAUUUAAAGAGCGUCAAGGUGCUAAGGGCACUAUAUAUACGUAAAUAGUUUGGGGAACUUAUUGGAAGUGUUAAAAAAUUUUUAUGCAGAAUUUAAGAGACUCUAGUCUCGUAAUAGUAUCCUUGCAUGCAUUUGACGCCAAAGCAUUUAGAGUAUCAAUCAAUUUUCUGUUAUUGCCGUCGAAUUAAUGGAAACAGCCUUAAGGUGUAGGUCUUUUUUCUGGGCUAUGAUUGGUCAAAACAAUCUGACAAACAUUGAAAACCAAAAAAAACAGGUGAAAGCGUCACGUAAUUACACAAGCGGGAAACAAAAUCUGAAUUCGCAGACUAUUUUAAAAGGUCUUUAAUACUUCCAAGAGGCAAAUGACCUUGUCACCAUGGAUUUUCAGGGUAAUAAGAUGUGACGUUUCAAAGUUGUUAGAGCUCCGAAGCUAUUUAAAAAUGACAGCGAAUAAGGAAUCACGUUUCAGAAGAACACGGCUAUUAUUUUCUGGUGUGGUAUUUGUCCCUGAGCAAUUAAAGCAUGAUAAAGAUGUCUAUGCGAAUUUCUAUCAUCUCUUUCAAGGCAAAAUUAGGCGCCAGUAAUUUGCAUCAAUUGGAGACAGCCGUAUUUUCACUUGCGCUCCUCAGAAGGAUCCAAUAUGGCGUCAAUAUGGUGUCCCUAUACAAACAACCUGUAUACCAACUUCUGUGAAUUUCUGUCAGGCGUUUCGGAAGAAAAACUAAUAAAAUGGAAAGCGCUUGCACCUGAGACUUGAGCGGGUUUUAAUUGCCAUAUGCAGUGAAUCAGACAGCCUUAGAAAGUUCCUGGCAUUCAGCAGUGGUCUGAUUUUAGUUAUUGAGGGCAGUGAACAUAAAACUACCAUUAUAUUGUUAUACGGGAAAUUUUUAAGACUGAUCGUUCUGGUAACUCAUUUUUCAAAAAAAAAACAAUCAAGUAAAAGCAGGUAAAUGUUCAAGUCAUUCUUUACGGCAUGUACUCGAACAUUUGCUUCUUUUGGUUAUUUCUAUAUCACCAACCUUCAUCACUAUAAAUCUGUAUUAACAAGUUCUGACCGAUGCUCACAAAAGCGACAGUAGACAGCCCAAUACAGACGGCUUAUGAAAAGCUAAGUUCUAACUAAAAUCAAACAAACAAACAUGAAAGACAAAGAUGAAAACAUCCCUCAUUUCUUCCUCGGAGGAAUUUCUACGAAACGGGAAAAAAAAACAUAAAAUCUUCUAGGAAAAUGACAAGAAACAAAUUUAUAGUACUGUUGAAUAUAAUAGCUGUGCACUAAGAUCCUUGUUCCCCACUCGUUUAUCACAACUACCUGAGAAAUUUUCGUUUGUAAUUAGCGUAAUCCUUUCAAUAGCUUCUAAUGUAAGUCUCUAUUACAGUAAAUCAAGCAAGCUCAAGCAGCGCCAGCUUACAGACCUUCUCGAAAACCAGUGUUAAUACAACAACGGGGACCACGACCUUGAAAGCUAGUGAGACCAGCAUGGCCGGCUCAAACGCGGUUACCUCAGACAGCAUGAAGGCUUCCCAGUCACACGGAGCAUCAGCAACAGCCGAACACGCCACAACAGCCGAACACGCCACAGCUAAUGUCUCUACUUCUGUUAGGAAAUCCAUUAAUUUGGAUUCUACUCGGGCGCAAGUUGUGUUUUCCACAUUAGUGAAUCUAUCAGCUACUGUCUCAGUGACAUCCAUAAACACCACCUCUGUUGUUGAGACUUUAUCUCCCUCUGUGAGUCAGAGAAGUGCCUCAGCCGUCUUGAGCGAUUCUAAUACGCAGCAAACACAAACCACUAUCUCCCGAUCAAUGACAAAAUCACCAACGAUUUUACCAACGAAGGGCGUGAACAGCUCAGUAACCUCUUCCACCUCGACUCUUUCUCAGUUUGUGAAUAGUGGCCUUAACUCUGUAAAUGUUUCUAGAACCUCUUCCAGCGCUCAUUCUUCGGUUUUCUCCAAAAUGUCAUCACGUUAUGACAACCCCCUUCCUUCCUCCAGCACAGGCUUCAUGGGAAUGACAAAAGUUUCAUCCUCCACGACUGCUCGAGUUGCAUCAAAUCAGAUGCCUUCAGUGUCCAUGCUAUCGGCAUCAGGUAAAUUAAUUUUAUAAAAAGACGAAUACGCUAGACAUGAGGCCUUUGUUGAGUAACUAAUUUAUUAAAUCGUGUUAAGAUAGUAAAAUGACUUAUUUUUUUCGUAUGUAUUGAUAGGAGAUGAUGAACAACACGUUUAUGAUAAGUUAAUAUAGUUGUGAUCAAAUGAAAAAAAAUUGAUUGAAUGAUCGAUUUAUUGACUGAGUACAUGUAAUUAAAUGAUUUAAAAUCGAUUUUUUUAUAGUUUAUUUACUCACCCCUGAAGUCACUCUCUUAAUCUGUUGGUCAACUGACGAGUAAUCAGCCACUCGUCAUGCCUUUUAGUCAAACAGCGAGAUAAUAAGUCAGUCUGUGAAACGCUCAACGGGUCUUUGAGACGGUCAGCUGGUCUGUAAACUUAAGUAAGUUAUUGUGUCUCUCGAUUAAUCAAUAAAUCAAUCAAUUUGUUCCUUUUUUUUGUCUCUUGCAAUUCCAGGUCAAUCGUCAGAGGAAAUCGUAGUAUCAUCUUCUGCAAUAGUACAAUCCUCCAAUGACCAGUCUACCCUUGUCAAGAGCUCCUCAGUAGGUGGUAAGUCGUCUUACGGGGGAUUGAUUACCAUUACAACACAGCAUCUCGAGAUUUCCGUGACAAUGUCUAUGAAAAACGCAACCAAUUCGGUUGGAGUUAACGCUACACCAUCGUCUCCAAUUAUCCCGCUCAGUACCUCUGAUGUAAAGCCACGCCCAACUCUUCCACCCCAAGGAACUAAACUGAUCAUCAUGGAAGUGACGUUUAAUUUGGAUUUUAUUGAGGAAUAUAACGAUCAAAAUAGUCUGGAGUACAAGUCAUUGGUGAAGAACCUAACGAGAACCUUGGAAGACACUUACGAAAACGUCGAUGGCUUUGUUGGUAUCAGGAUUGUCUUCCUAAAGAAUGGAAGUGUAGUUUGCAAUUACAUUGUCAUUCUAGCCAAAGAUUCCGGGGUCGAUGGGGAUGAUUUAAAAAAAACUUUACAGGAGGCAAGUGAAAAUGGAAAAUUAGCAUACAACGUAAAGAAUAUUGAUGUCAAAGAGGAGGCAACAACGGAAACUGUGGAAAAACUACCAGAAUGGGCCUUGGUUACCAUGAUUCUACUGGGAUGUCUGUCGUUUGUUUUCCUUAUAACUAUGAUCUACUUCUGUGUAAGUAUCUUUUGCGAAUGUCGUAAAACCAAAAUUAAAGUACUCUAAACGAGUAAUGGGAACAAAGAAGCUCCAAGAAAAUACAUGCAAUCAGCCCCAAGCGCUAGAAAAGGCGAAUUAUUGGUUUCAGUCUUGCAUCUGAUAGGCUGAAAUCAAUUACAAACGGAAUUGCUUUGAAGUCGUUUUAUAAUACAGCGUUUAAAUCGCCGAAUGCCUGAAUAUUAUUUGUUAAUGCAUGCACACUGAAGUGGGAAAGUUUUUAUUUGUUAAUGCAUGCACACUGAAGUGGGAAAGUUUGAUCGCGCCUUGAAAAGGCCCAUAGGGCCAAAACCAGCACAGCAGCGUUAAUAAAACUCGCUUUCCCAAUUUCCAAAAGCUCAAACUGGUGUCCAAAAACGCGGGAGCGGGAAAUGAAAGACAGAUUUUUCUUGAAACAGAAUCUGUAGCCACAAUGACUAGAAUCUCAAUGUUGUUUUCCAUGAACUACAGGUCAAAUACAGAAGAUCCAUCCUUGGAGACAGUGACAUGUAUUUCAUAUCCAGUGGGGAAGUUGGACAUGUGCAUACUUACGACAGAGUAUCCGUAGGAGAAUAUAAUAAAAACCGAGGCUAUCAAGGUCAAAAAUCUGCCAUAGAUAGACGGGUGAUCGGAUCGCAUACAAAUCCUGUAAGUAUUACCUACGAUCUUUUUGGGGAGAGGGGGGAGGGGGUUGUGUGUAGCAGUUGUUUCCAUUUCUCUUUACCAAGCAAGCGAAACACGAGUCAAGAUGGAGUCGCCUAUUUACUUAGAGCAUCCAUUUUAUAUGAUGCAAUAUGCUAAAUUAAACAAGCAUUUUGAUUUAUUUAGUUCCUUCUUAUGAUCUAUUGGAGGAAAAACGCAUAUAUGAUAUCGUUCCUAAGAGCUCUUGAGCUCUCUAUAAUUUAUAACAAGUAGAUCAUUUGUUUCUUUGCGUCCGUUCAUCGGUGAUACAUCACAAAACACGUCGAGAUGUGAUAUAAGAAUAGAAGUGACACAUGUAACCGCACCUCGUGUGCCACUAUUCUGUUUUUACCGCAGUUUGACGUCAUCUGAGAUUUAUUAUUGAACAGUUUCACGGAAACAUGGAAUCUAUUAGUUUAUGUGAUGAAUUGAGUGGUAAACUCCCUUUUUGGAGAUAACUGUCCUAACUGAUACCUGAAUAGUGAAGAAAACUUUAAUCAACAACAAUAGGACUUAAUCGAAUAUUGUGCUCCACGUUUGCACUUUGGUUCAACUACUUUUAUUUAUCCUUAAUAACCUAUUAAUAUUUCUUUACUAAUUAAGUUCCUCGAAUUCAACAAGGGAAUAAUCAUUUUAUGUAUCCUGUAAGGUUUUCAAAUGAGCUAUAUAUUAUUGUAUAUGAAAAAACCUUGCAAACCUUUUUUUUUUUAGACCUACGGUGCCAAUGGUGCUUUGGGAGACUAAGAGUUGGACGUCUUCAGGUCUUGGUACUUGCGUUUGAGCAUUUGGCCAAACGGCUUUAGUCAACUUCAAGUAGAAAUAGAGGGGAACACGAAACGAUUAUUCUUGGUUUGUGGUAGUUACUUUUCGAAAGCGUGAUGUAAAAAAUUUUUAAGGUGUGUGUCAAGCCACUGUUAAGAGCUUACCUUCAUGCAGGAAGUCGACAGCACAGUGAUUCAAAUGGUUGUUAGCUGCAUUAGAACGUGGGUGAGGGUUCAGAUCGAUUUUGCUCGAACGCUGCACGUGUAACAUAAUAUAGCAUAAAUUGCAUUUUGUAAGGUUGAAAUAUAUGAUGAUGAUGAGUUUAUAGAG